AUGGAGUCCGGCGCAAAAAGGAGACAUAUUCCACACUGGCCGCCCUUCAAACAACCCUACCAACAACUGGGGUCUGCAGAGAAUGUCCAACUAACUCCACUCCCUCCUACUGGAGGCUCGAGCCUGCCGAGCGCAAAUGUCUUCAGUCCAGACUUCGACAGCAACACAGCCUACACCCCUAAUCCUCUGGCCGGCACACCACAACCCCUCCUCAAAUCCCCGAGCAUAUACAUGGUCUAUGCCGGAAGUUGCUCAAAGACCGAAACGAAGGACAGCUGGGUCCAUCUGGCCCUCAACAUCGUGGCCACCGUCUUGCUCGCAAGCUCAAACUACUGCAUGCAAUUGCUCUCAUCUCCCACUCGCAGCGAGCUCGAUAAAGCCCACGCCAAGCAGAAAUGGCUGGACGUUGGCAUUCCCAGCAUACGAAAUCUCGGGUCGUUGCGCAAGAAGAAAGUCAUUCUGUGGUGGCUUCUGGGAAUUUCUUCCCUCCCGUUGCAUCUACUUUACAAUUCCGUCUUCUACUCUGCCCUUGCUACGAAUAACUACAGUGUCCUGUACGCCUCGCAAAGUUUCGUGCAGGGUGCCAGCUACGACAAGAGCAGAUUUCCCGAUACCGAAGAAUGCAACGUCACCAACAUUCAAGCAAGUGCCAGCAAGAACUUUACCUUCUUAAACAAUGAGGACUGCAUUCACGCCUACGCACGGGACUUUGUCGAGGACCGCCGCAAUGUGAUUGUAGUGGUCAAGAAUCCUCCGGCUAACCAGGGUUCCCUGUUCAAGAUUGCCGACAACGAAUUCCCCAAGAUCAUCACCAGCAAAUACAACGCUUUCGCCUGGAUCUGUGACAACCCUGACGUCGUGAACCAAACGCAUGCAUGCUGUGAGAAUGAGUGGGGGUUUGUCCCGUGUUCGAAGAUUACGCCCAAGCUGGUGGAUAUCGCGGAUCAAUGGUCUACCGGUGGGUUUGAAGUCGACCAUUGCCUCUCGGAACCCGUCGAAUCACAGUGCCAUCUCCAUUUCUCUCUAAUUCUCAUGGGCGUGGUUCUGGUCUUCAACAUCCUCAAGGUCAUCGGUAUAGCCUACGUGACCUUCUGGUUGGGAGAGUCACCCCUGGUGACCGUUGGGGAUGCACUGCAAUCCUUCCUGCGCCAUCCCGACUCGACGACGGAGGGAAUGUGUCUAGCCAGCCACUCGAGUAUUGUGGCUUCUUCCAAACUGGGCUACAAAUCCAUGCCGAUGAGGUACGACCCCCGACAGCACCGCUUUUUCGAAGCCGCAACCUGGAAGCAGUGGGCUUUUCUGCUCGGCUUGUUUGCGUUCGCGGGCACCGGGACGGCAGUCUGCUUAGCACUCGGUAUCGAGGAUCUGAAGGGUGACAGGACUAUCCAGAACGCGUGGUCGAUCGGCUUGAACACGGUCAAGCCUCAGAACCUGAUCAUGGGCUGGAAUUUACCUGGCUACGGCAACACCUCUAUCGCGAUUUCCACACUCAUUGCCAACGCCCCACAAGCGUUGUUCUCCUUCCUCUACGUCUGCUAUAACAGUCUCUUCACCGUCAUGUUCCUUUCACGGGAAUUAAUGCGUUUCAGCGUCACGGCUGGCCGAGGACGGAAGUAUUUGCGGGUUAGCGAGGCCAAGGGCGAGCAGAAGUCGACAUAUUUCCUCAACUUGCCGUUCAAGUAUGGCCUGCCUCUGCUCGUCGGCUCGGGCUUGAUGCACUGGCUUGUGUCGCAGAGCGUCUUCCUCGCGAACAUCGCCAUUAUCCCUCGCGACGGUACAGUGCCCAUGCAAGACGAGAUUACGACAGUGGCCUAUUCGCCGAUCGGCAUGCUCUUCCUCCUCUGCCUGGGCUUCGUCCUCCUCGUCUUCCUCUUCGCCACCGCGAUGAGAAAGCUGCCCUUCGGGAUGCCGAUUAUCGGGAGCAACUCCAUGGCCAUCAGCGCUGCUUGCCACCAGCCGCCUGGGAUCGACCAGAGCGAGCGUGACGAGAUGGUGCUCAGGCCGCUGAACUGGGGUGCUGUGCCUGGUGCAGGCAAAGUCAUGGACCUGGGUAUCUAUGACCAACAUGCCCAUGGCUACGACAGUGGUGAUUUGGACGAGGACGGCAACGGCUUCGGACACUGUUGCUUCAGUGACCGGGCGUUGGAUCCGCCGGUAAAGGGCAAAUUUUACUACUGA